UGUACAGUCUUAUAUGUGCUUGUAGUGAAUAUGAAAAAAGUUAUGUAUACAGUACCGUUAUACAUCAUACAUUAGCAUAUUGGCCACGCCCCCACUCAUUCGAUAUGGUAGAAAAUAGCGAAAGAGUUGCUCUCUAAAAUAAAGCACGAAAAACAGCUGCCCGUGGAGUUUAAGAAAUAUCAAUAGCAAACACACGGUCAUCAACGGUGUCGGUGAUAUGAAAUUAAUUCGUUUCUGAAAGUAGGAUAAUAAAGUGCAGCAUGUGGAGUGUCAGUUAUCCGAGUCUCCUCCCUCUCGGUAUUUAAGCAUCUGCUCCAUCCAUGACACACUCAAGUUUUCCGAGUCAGCACUGAGAGUUUCUCCAGCCAAGUCAAAGUCCUUCACCCACAGGAGCUUUAAACCGCUGUGGAAUUAAUAAUAUGAUAUGAACUGGAUACAUCGGUGUCCUCAACUCAUAGUGUGUUUUUAAACUGCGCGUCUCUGUCUGAGCCGAGGAACAUCAUCUCAACAUUACUAGGGACUGAAGAAGAAGAUGAGAUCUCUGCUGCUCGUCUGUGUGUUUGUGCUGCCUCUGCAAACACUAGCGCUGCCGCUGCGCAACAGGUCGAGUUUUCCCAGCAAACCCGGGAAGCUUCCAGAAACACGGGGUGGUAAUGCCAUGGAAACCACCACCAUUCCUUCAAUAGCUUCGAGUGCCGGGGCAAGAGAGCGCCGUGCGGUCUGGAGGGCCCUCCUGCAUAAAGGACCCCCGGCGAAACAGGCCAACACACCAGCCAAUCAAAACAAGGAACAUUUCCGAGAACGUCGCCAUGUGCUCAGAGGUCGCCCGCAGGGUCAGCUGAUGCGUGUGGGAUGCAUCCUCGGCACAUGUCAGGUACAAAACCUCAGCCAUCGUCUCUAUCAGCUGAAAGGCCAGAGUGGACGGCAAGACGCACCAAUCAAUCCCAGAAGUCCACAUAGUUAUGGAUAAGACUAUGAUUGAACUCACAGUAAAAAUCUAUCCAAAAAUGUGACUACAGAAGACCACCGACACCAGCGGGCGACCAAUUAACAAUUUACAGGCGUCCUGUCACGAGAAAUUGAAUUCUCUUGAUCUUUUGAAAUAAAAGAGUAAUUUAAUGAGCUUUAAACUCAAAACUUCUUUCCCCAAACAAGCAUUUACUGAAACAAGAACAACUUGUUAUGAACUUCUGCAACUUUGACGUCAUUUAACAUUAGCAUAAGGUAUGAUCGCCAACAUUAACCUGCAAGCUUCUACGUAAAUCUUCAGAAACUUGGCCUGGCUUUUCAUAUGGAGUAGUAUAUCACUCCUAAAUAACGGGAAUAAGGGGAAGUUUAAGAAACUAAACUGUGUGUAGCACCUACAGCUCUGCAGAUACGUCUGAAGUUUAUUUUUCAGACCUGGAGUUUUCAUUUCAGUAUGGAUUGUUUCAUGAAUCUCUUUAAUGACUUAAAGUACAGUAAUCCAACUUUGGAGCCAAUAGAAAACACUACUUACUAAAAAAAACAACUUAGUGGAUCUCAGGGAAGAGAAUAUAAUUGUAAACAUUAUAUGUCUCCCUUUAACAAUCAGUUGUCCUUUUCUAAAGGUCAAAUUCAGAAUAAAGCCUUAAUUUCCCACUUCUGAUACGUCAUGCCCUUCUGUAAUGAAGUGACUUGAACGUUCAUUAUCUUAACAGUAAUCCCACACCGUCUCUCGUGCUCUAAACCAAGACAAAUCGCCCUUGACUGAGCCACCUUAAGCCCAACAGAGCUUCAGCGUACUCUUACACCUUAAGAGUAAACAUCCUGAAUUUGGACAGUUAAGCUGUACUUAUUUAUGAAUCUAACUGCAUUAGAUAAAAAUGAAAAAAGUGGUUAUUUAAAAGAUUUUUCAGCGAAUAACUUAAUUUUUAAGUUGUUCAAAGAUGUUUAAAAUUCCAAAAUGCUCCAAAAAUUGCAGUUAGUUCUGAGAAAAAGCUCAUCAUUUUCUUGCAGAUACCAUUCGAUUUGAUAUUUUGUCAUCUUAACAGUAACUGUUUUUAAACAGGUUUCCGGCGCUCUCCUCCCAUCAGCCAUUGGCUAGACAAACAGAUGGUCCCGCCCCAAACUCACACUAUUGGCUGAGCCGACGUCAACUCAGACACACACUGUUUACACUCUUCGGGGAAAUGAAAGUCUUACUUCUAGCCGUCUCUGCACUUUACACUAGGAUUGGAGAAAGUAUUUUCACUUCGAAAAAUUACACACAGUCACUUUAAGUGUCCACUUACCUUGUGGGACCACUGUAUAUUCCCAUUUAAACUUUUAAAACGUCAAACUUUCAACACUGACUGAUCGCGUAUGUCGCACAUGCCAGUCUAACAACAUAAAAUCACAAAUACAAAUAAAACAUAGGAGACAAAUAUAAACACAUCUUCAGUUUGUUAUAGUGUGUCAGUGGUGGAAUGUCUGCUUUCCUUAUGUUCACAUAUAGGUCAAAUGUUGCUAUUAAACAUAAAGCACUUUAAAAGCAACAUGAUCAUCACCUUCUUUAAUGCCAUUGACUUGGAAGAGAUGUUAUUUAAUUUAAGUUAACAAAAGUUUGUGUAAAUAUUUUGUAAGUGUAUAUGACUGAAUGUUUAUAGUUAUGUGUCAGUGCUGUGUAUUUUAAUAUGAUUUAGCGGUUUCAAUAAACAAAUGCAAAUG